CAGACACAGUCGCAAGAGCCUUCGGCAGCUGCAGACGCCGUCUCGGAGUCCACCUAGGGUAAAAGAUGGCCCUGAAUAGUUGAAAGAAGACGGCCGGUGGUGGACUAGCGGAUUCCGGGUGAUUCAAAAGGUAUCGCCAACAGACAAAGAGUCAUCGAUACUUAAGGCGAAACGCCCCGUGACUAGCAGCCAGGCAUCCAUGCGAGGCGUGUGCAUCUCUCGAAUCAAUCUGUUUCCUCGUCUUCAGGAUGCGAGUUUACAUGAACUCCCCUAUGCGAGUGGAUAGACAAACGGGCCAAGGUGUCAUUGCCGACGUGGCUGUGACGCAUUCGAUGGACGCGAAUGAGUCCGUCGAAAGGAUCAUUGGCCAUCACGCGGCAACGUGUUUCGCCCGUCGGAACUGGCAGUCGAGCAGAGGGAUAAUAUUGAGAGUUUGUGCAUAUGUUGAUGCCUUGUAUAUACCCGUGUUUGCAUCAUCGGUGGCUGGCCGAAAAAAAAGUACUGCCUGUCACAGCAUCUAUCCGUUCUCCCUCAGAGGUAGCUUCAUCUCUGGGAGUGAAGUGCCCAUUCAAAGAGAGACAGCUCACCAUCAACUGAAGCUGGAUAUGAUUCGAAAGGAUAGCUGGCACAUUGGCAGAGAUCCGGGCCUUGAAUCAAGCCGCUCUGUCGACUGACACGACACCCAUCCAACACAACACAGAGAGGACCCCAGAAGUAGAUAUCAUCAUGGCUCCCCCGCUAGCCUCAAGGCAUCGACAUAGGCUCCUUCUUAUCCUUCCUUCCACCUGGCUUCCUUUGUCUCUGAGUAACUCUCCGCGAAGAUGCGAAAUGCCUCGUCCCUUUGCUGACGUCUCGAAGCAAAAGACCGCGAAAACUUCAGCUUCCACGUGACUCCGCUGGGUCCCAAAAAGG